AUGCUAUUAAGAAUUACUGGAGCAUGCUGUACUACAUCACACGACGCAUUCCGUGUACUGGCGGGCCUAAUGCUUCUGGAUUUGGAAAUACGACAGUAUAGUGACGCAAGAAAUAUAUUAAAAGAAAACAAAACUCAUAAUGAUUUGUUGAAAAAAGAGGACGAGCUAGAAGCAGAUACGAAACAACACCAAAAAUUAUUAAGAUAUGAAUGGAAGAAAAUACAUAUAAAGAAAUACAACUAUCGGGAUAAAUACAGAAUCUAUACAGACGGAUCGAGAUCCACAGAAGGUGUGGGAGCGUCUUAUCUUUAUUGCUAUAGAAAUAGGGAGCAGUAUCGUAAAAAGAUCAAGUUACAUAAAAGAUGCGCAAAUUACCAAGCUGAAUUGGUAGCGAUAGAUCACGCAAUUAACUGGAUAAGCCAAAGGAAAAAAUAUAUAAAAAUUACUAUUUGUACAGACGGCCAGGCUGUAUUAAAAGCUCUUAACGACGGUAACAAUAAAAGUGAACUAAUAGAUAAUAUAAGACGAAAUAUUGUGAAAAGUGAUAAUAUGCUUGUGUUCGGCUGGGUCAGAGCCCAUUUCGGAGACCGAGGAAACAGAAGAGCGGACGGUCUGGCUAAAGAGGCUAGUUAUCUAAAAACAAAGGAAUCUUACGGAAAAAUAUCUACAAAAUACAUAAAAACUAAAGUCAAAAGUAGAUACAUAUUACAGUGGCAAGGACGAUGGGAAAUAACUACAAAAGGAAGGGAACUCUUUGAAUACGUACCAGAUAUUAACCGGAGGUUGAAUAACAAACGUCUAAAAAUUGGACACAAGUUUACAAGAUUUGUGACGGGACACGAAGAUUUUGCGAAAUAUCAUUACAGAUUUAAUCAUCGAGAUGACGAAAACUGUGAGAUUUGUGGGAUAAGUGACAUACACAUCUUAUUUGACUGUAUGCAAUAUGAAAAAAUAAGAAACGAACUAAAAUUAGUUUGUAAUAAAGAGGGUUAA